CAGCCCAACGCAGGACGAUACCAUCCCAACUGAGGAGAGAGAGAAACACUGAGGAAGAAACCGGAGAGUCAAUCGAAGGAUUUCAGGUUCCGAUGAUGGCAGCAAGCAGCAAAGGCUACUACUCGAGAACGAACUACCGGUUUCUCUCUAGCGAUCAUCAGCAUCACGAGACACAUGGUCACGACUCAUCGUUCGAACUCGACGAGUCGGAUCUCUACAACACGGCCGCGACUCGCUCAGACUCUCCGGAGUUCGGGAACUCUCGCGUGGGGAAAAGGCAGUCGGCGAAGCGCGUUGAUUCUGGCGUCGGGGGGGCGGCGGCUUCUCUGCCGGUCAAUAUACCGGACUGGUCGAAGAUCUUGAGGGAGGAGUACAGGGAUAACAGGAGGAGAUCGGAGAGCGACGAUGAUGAUGUGGAAGGGGAUGAUUGGUAUGAGGGAGGGGUGAGGGUUCCGCCGCACGAGUUUUUGGCGAGGCAAAUGGCGAGGACGAGGAUCGCAUCUUUCUCGGUCCAUGAAGGAAUAGGGAGGACAUUGAAAGGAAGGGAUCUGAGAAUGGUUAGAAAUGCAAUUUUUGAAAAAACUGGGUUCCAGGAUUGACGGAGACGAAGCACGAGACGAACCGAAAAUCGCAUAUGCCACACAGAGUGAGGAAUAUUACUUAUUUUUAUUUAAAAAAUCAACUGUUUACCCCCCCCCCUCCCCCCUAUCUAAAAAUUUUGUCUUUUUUGUUUUUUCUUUGAAAUGGUAUUUAUCGAAAAAUGUAAUUCUAACUUCGAGUUUGUACUAGAAUCUUCGGAGGAAAUUUCGACCCCUUUCUUUUUUUCUUUUUUUGACCUUUUCAAUGUAACCUAGUAGUAUAUUGGAAAUUUUGUGGGGCUGAGUUGAGUUUAAACUUUGAAGCUUGAUUUUGUAUUGUUGGGUUUGAAACUUUGAAUAUUGAUGGUGGGGGUAUUUUGGGAAUAGAAAGAAUGGGCUGUAACUGGUUCAAUAAUUGCAGGGGGUGGGU